CUCGCGACUCCACUCUCUCUCUCGGGAUCAUGGAUCGGCGCACCGCCUUUGCCGUCGCGCUAAGCUGCCUCGCCCUCGCCUCCGCCGGCGCCCAGGCCCCCGCGGGCGGCCCCUCCACCACUCCCGCCGCCUCCUCCCCCACCGCCUCCGCUCCCACCACCACGCCGACCACCCCGUCCCCUGCCGCUGCUCCCACCACCCCCGCCCCUGCUGCCACCCCCACUGCCCAGUCCACCAGCCCUGUCCCCUCCACGGCGCCCACCUCCGCCCCUCCGGCCAACCCGGUGAUGACCCCUCCCGCCACUGCUCCAGUUAAGGCGCCGGCCACCGCGCCCCCCACCAAGACCCCGCCGACUCCGGCCCCGGUAUCUUCUCCCCCGGCGUCGGUGCCAGUGAGCUCCCCCCCGACGACGCUUCCACCCGCAUUGUCUCCCCCAGCGCCUGUCCCGGUAGCGGCCCCUCCGACGCUGGCAGCUGCCCCGCCGAAGCCCACGGAGAUCCUGGCGCCGGCUCCGAGCAAGAAUAAGAAGAAGAAGAGGGGCGCCGCCUCCGCCCCCUCGCCGGCCGCGGCUCCCGAGGCUGCCGGACCUAGCGGCGAAGCCUCCGAAGAUACGAGUGGAGCAGAGAGAGUGAGGAAGAUGAUGGGACUGACCUCGGGGCUGCUCCUUGCCACUGGUAUAUUGGUGAUCUAAACUACUAUAUUAUUAAUGGAGUAUAAAUUCUCGAGAUAGCUGCCCUUGUCAUAUUUUGUAUCUCCCUCUUAUUUUUGAUCUGGUCCCCCUAGUAGGUAUCUAUUUGCCUUGUUUUUCUCAUUGAUGGGGCCUCGUUGUAGGUGCAUUUGCUCACUUAGAUUCUUUUUUCUUGAGAUGAUUUAUUUCUAUUUUCAUGGUUUGGAUGUCUAUGUGUGAUGUCAUUAGCAAUAUUGAUGAUAAAGAAAGUUUGGCAGGGAGCUUGUAUGACUACCA